CCUCGUGUGUGUCCCUCUAGAUCGAGGGAACCAUGGCGGACCACGAGGGCCCGCACCUCCUCACCGCCAACCUGCACAACAUGUUCGUGAAAGUGGCGUGGAACGCCACCUGCGGCACUUACACCAUCUGCAUGGUCACCGCAGGUUACGUGAAGAACCUGAUGACGGACGAGAACUACGUUCGCUGGGGCCAGGACGUGGAGGCGCUGCUGGCGGGCGCGGCGGUGACGGGGCUGGUGCAGCAGCUGUACCGACUGGCGGAGCAGCUGCCCGGCUGGGGCUACUGCCCCGAGCUCACCAGCGACAAGGGCGAGCUGAGCGGAUUCGGCUACUCAUAAUACCGUCCGCGAAAUAACACACGACAAAACAAUCACCGCUGCACGAACAUCCUCCACCUCUCUAAGUGCAUUAAUUUAAGUCCAAGUUUAUAUAAAACAGAACCUUUUUACAUAAACGCCGUACUUUUCCUCUAU